UCGAUAUUAAUUUGAGAGGACCUUCCUCCGCACGGUUUGGAUUUACAACCCCAACUCUACAGAUUUGUACAUUGUCACUUGUGUUUUGAAUAUUUAACAUUUAAAACAAAAUGGUUGAUGCUUUCUGCGCAACGUGGAAACUGGUGGACAGCCAGAAUUUUGAUGACUACAUGAAGGCACUCGGUGUGGGCUUUGCUACAAGACAAGUGGGCAAUGUGACCAAACCCACAAUAGUGAUCAGCCAGGAUGGUGACAAAGUGGUGGUGAAGACCCUCAGCACCUUCCGGAACACUGAGCUCGCUGCCAAACUGGGGGAUGAGUUUGACGAGACCACGCCUGAUGACCGACAAGUUAAAUCCACUUUCACCAUGGAAGGAGAUAAAUUUGUACAAGUACAAAAAUGGGAUGGCAAAGAAACCAAAUUUGUACGAGAGAUCAAAGAUGGCAAGAUGGUGAUGACUUUGACGUUUGAAGGUGUCCAAGCCGUGCGCACGUACGAGAAAGCCUAACGUGAUGAGACUUCAUUCAAAAAGGAACGCUUUGCUAUUUUUCACUUUUUUUUUUUUUUUUACACUACUUUUUGCUAAAUGGCUAAGUGAAACAAGCAGCAGUUCUAGUUUUAAAUUCUUUAAAACAUGGCAUUUAACACACAAAUGCUUUUAAUAAAUAAGAAGGAAAUGUUGACGGAAGAAUAUUGAAGACUGAAGACUUGUGUGUGUGUGCUUCCCCGAUUUGCUGCCAGCCAUCCCGGUUGAAAUGGAUUGGAUGUUUUUCACCGUCAGUGGCAGCCAAUGUGUUAAUUGAACCCGAUUUAACAUUGGAAAUGUGUGCUCUACUGCACAUCUAAUCAAGCACUUUCCUAGUUAUCAACUACCCACGACAAAGAAAGCAUAUAUACUUAAGACUAGGGUUGUUCCGAUCAUGUUUUUUUGCUC